AAGAAAAAAAUCAAAAUCAAAACAGAGACUAAAGACUAAAAAAGACGAUUCGAGUUACUGUUGGUAAAAGUUUUUGUUCCUCUGGUUCGGCCUGCCUUUUGAUUCUUUGGUGGUGUGUUUGAGUAAAGGCUAGGGUUUCUGUGUAUAAAAUUGUGUAUAGAAGAAGAGCCGGAGAGGUCGCGUUUGGUGAAGCUGCGAAGCUGAGAUGGAGAGCUAUUUGAAUGAGAACUUUGAUUUGAAGGCGAAGAACUCGUCGGAGGAGGCGCUUCAGAGAUGGAGAAAGCUCUGUUGGAUUGUGAAGAAUAAGAAACGGAGGUUCCGCUUCACUGCUAAUCUCCCCAAGCGUUUCGAGGCUGAAACUAUUCGACGCUCCAAUCAGGAAAAGUUUAGAGUUGCAGUUUUGGUUUCACAAGCUGCACUUCAGUUUAUCCAAGGCUUAAGUUUUCUCAGUGACUAUACUGUACCUGAGGAAGUCAAAGCUGCAGGGUUUCAAAUUUGUGCUGAUGAGUUGGGCUCGAUUGUUGAAGGCCGUGAUGUGAAGAAGCUGAGAAUUCAUGGUGGUGUUGAGACUAUCACGGGCAAGCUUGGAACAUCAAGUGUCAAUGGAAUUUCCACUUCUGAGCAAUUGUUGAGUCAAAGAAAAGAAAUUUAUGGAAUUAAUAAAUUCACUGAAAGACCAUCACGCGGAUUUUUUGUUUAUGUGUGGGAAGCCCUUCAAGACACUACCCUCAUGAUACUUGCAUUUUGUGCCUUUGUCUCUCUGCUUGUUGGGAUAAUGACAGAAGGAUGGCCGAAGGGUGCCCAUGAUGGACUCGGAAUUGUUGCGAGCAUUUUGCUUGUUGUAUUUGUCACUGCAACUAGCGAUUAUAAACAGUCCCUGCAGUUCAAGGACUUGGAAAAGGAGAAGAAAAAAAUUACUGUUCAGGUUACUAGAGACGGGUUCAGACAGAAGUUGUCAAUAUAUGAUCUACUUCCUGGUGACAUUGUUCAUCUGUCUAUUGGGGAUCUGGUCCCAGCUGAUGGACUCUUUGUUUCUGGGUUUUCUGUGCUGAUAAAUGAAUCUAGUUUAACUGGAGAGAGUGAACCGGUCAAUGUCAAUUCUGUGAAUCCUUUCCUCCUAUCAGGAACUAAAGUUCAAGAUGGAUCAUGCAAGAUGCUUGUGACUACUGUUGGAAUGAGAACCCAGUGGGGUAAACUGAUGGCUACCCUCAGUGAAGGAGGAGAUGAUGAAACUCCCUUGCAGGUCAAACUAAAUGGUGUGGCAACCAUCAUUGGGAAAAUAGGCCUGUUUUUUGCUGUUGUGACAUUUGCCGUAUUGGUUCAAGGAUUGUUCAGCCGCAAGCUUCAAGAAGGAUCUCACUUGAUAUGGUCUGGAGAUGAAGCAUUGGAAAUCUUGGAAUUUUUUGCCAUAGCUGUUACAAUUGUUGUUGUUGCUGUUCCCGAAGGCUUGCCUUUGGCUGUGACAUUGAGUCUUGCUUUUGCCAUGAAGAAGAUGAUGAACGAUAGGGCACUUGUCCGGCAUUUGGCUGCUUGCGAGACAAUGGGAUCAGCCACAACUAUCUGCAGUGACAAGACUGGGACACUAACUACUAACCACAUGACUGUUGUGAAAGCUUGCAUUUGUGGGAAAAUCCAAGACGUGGGAACCUCUAAAGGAGCUUCUAACUUGUCCUCUGAAAUUCCUGAUUCAUCUUUUAGAGUUCUGCUCCAAUCUAUUUUUAACAACACAGGAGGAGAAGUUGUUACAAACAAAGAUGGAAAGAUUGAGUUAUUGGGAACACCCACUGAAACCGCUAUUUUGGAAUUUGGGAUGUUGCUUGGAGGCGAUUUCAAGGCAGAACGACAAGCAUCAAAGGUUGUGAAAGUUGAGCCCUUCAAUUCUCUGAAGAAGCGAAUGGGUGUUGUUCUAGAGCUUCCUGAAGGUGGCUUCCGUGUGCACUGUAAAGGUGCAUCUGAAAUAGUUUUAGCUGCAUGUGACAAAUUCUUGAGUCCAGAUGGCAAGGUUGUUCCCCUUGACAGAGCAUCCAUCGAUCUUCUGAAUGGCAUCAUUGAACGAUUUGCUAGUGAAGCCCUUAGAACUCUCUGCCUAGGGUACAUGGAGAUUGGAAACGAGUUCUCUGCUGAAAGUCCUAUUCCUAGCUCUGGGUAUACAUGUAUAGGCAUUGUGGGUAUCAAGGAUCCAGUUCGUCCUGGUGUCAAGGAGUCUGUUGCGAUUUGUAGGUCUGCUGGCAUUACUGUCAGGAUGGUAACUGGAGACAACAUAAACACUGCAAAAGCAAUUGCAAGAGAAUGUGGAAUUUUGACUGAUGGGGGUGUGGCAAUUGAAGGCCCUGAAUUCCGUGAGAAGAGUGAGGAGGAAUUACAAAAAAUUAUUCCAAAACUUCAGGUAAUGGCUCGAUCUUCACCAAUGGAUAAGCAUACCCUUGUAAAACAGUUGCGCACCACUUUUGAAGAAGUUGUUGCUGUGACUGGUGAUGGUACAAAUGAUGCUCCAGCGCUUCAUGAAGCUGAUAUAGGACUUGCAAUGGGCAUUGCUGGAACUGAGGUGGCAAAAGAAAGUGCUGAUGUGAUAAUUUUGGAUGAUAACUUCUCUACAAUUGUGACAGUGGCCAAAUGGGGGCGUUCAGUUUACUUAAACAUACAGAAGUUUGUUCAGUUCCAGUUAACAGUCAAUGUUGUCGCCCUUGUUGUUAACUUUUCUUCAGCCUGUUUAACCGGAAAUACUCCCCUUACUGCUGUUCAGCUUCUCUGGGUCAACAUGAUCAUGGACACUCUAGGAGCCCUUGCAUUAGCCACAGAGCCUCCUAAUGAUGAUUUAAUGAAGAGAACACCGGUUGGUAGGAAAGGGAACUUCAUCACUAAUGUGAUGUGGAGGAAUAUCAUAGGGCAGUCUCUGUAUCAGUUUGUGAUAAUAUGGUUUCUACAGACUAGAGGAAAAGAAACCUUUCAUCUGGUUGGCCCAGAUUCUGAUUUGAUUUUAAACACCCUUAUUUUCAACUCAUUUGUGUUUUGCCAGGUUUUCAAUGAGAUCAGCUCUAGGGAAAUGGAGAAGAUAAACGUCUUCAAAGGGAUAUUGCAGAACUAUGUGUUUGUGACUGUGCUUUCAUGCACUGUUAUCUUUCAAAUCAUAAUCAUUGAGUUCCUGGGCACGUUUGCAAGCACAUCUCCUCUAAGUUUGCAGCAAUGGUUCGUGAGCGUUUUACUUGGGUUCCUUGGCAUGCCGAUUUCAGCAGCUCUGAAAUUCAUCCCUGUGUAAUGAAACAGAUCAAUCAAAACUUGAAAAGGUACCUGACGACUUGCCGAUGGAUGGAGGUUUUGUUUGUGGGAUCAUUUCAAAGAUCAUUAUCAUUCUUUUGAUACUGUAAUAUCAUUCAUAUAAGGGGGUUUUUAUUUUAUUUUAUAAUUUGGGCUCCUAUAUUGGGUAUAAUAGUGAAUCUCCCAAGAUAUAAUAUCCUCAACUUCUGAAAAGAGGUCAGUUUUUGUAAACCUGAUGUGUGAUAGCUGUUCUAACUUCUAACUAUUGAAACGUUUAAGGAUU